UUUAACAUAAAGAACUUAUCAAAUACCUAACCUAAUCUAAUCAUUGGCUUAAGAACGGAUGGAACUGGAGAUCAAUAACAAUUAGACACAAGAAUGUGAUUUAUAGUUUUAUACAUAAACACUGUAGUUUAAGUCUUGUGUAUAUAACAUUUAUUAAACUUUGAGUAAAAAGUAAUCAAUAUUACGGAAGUAAGCUCAGGUAUGCGGGGUGGGGCGGGGUGGUUAAGACAAUAAGCGAUGUUGCAAGUGUCGCAACGUCGCAUCGCACGCUUCACGACAAAUGCGACGCUGCCGAACUUGCCGGUGCGUUAAUUUUACUGAGAUGUACGAAGUCAAACUUAGCCACUAAACGUCGAUGAAAUUUGUCCGCGGUAAAAAGGAUUAUUGCUGGACAAAUUUCUUUACGCAUAAUAAGGCGGUUUAUUAAAGAGUUAGUAAGCAAGUAAUAUUUUAAAGGGUUCUUUAUUGAUAUGGUAUUAUAAUGAACUAAAAAGUAAUUUGAUAUCUUGUAUAGUUUUAGAGUUAUGCGGCAUUAAACAAGAAUAACUGGGUUCCGGAAAACCUACCUGAAUGAAAAAUUGGGCCUUUAUUUUUAUUUUUUUUCAAUUAUUAAAUUAUUUAAUAUUUUAAUAUUAGUUAUUGCCCGAGGUCGAUAGAUAAGAGAUGUUUAAAAAAAAUAGUAUAUGACUAUUUUGACUUUCUGCACCAGCGUUUUCAGUCUUGCCAUCAAAUUUUAUUGCUUGGGAUAUUCACCCGGAUCGGCAUACUGAGCUCGCACAACGCGUGGAAUACCUAAACUCGCUCAAAGUCGAAACGUUAUAGCGCUCUUAAGUAGGACUGUAUCGCAUUGUAUCUAGGUACUACGCACUAUUUAUACACGCAUCAUCAGAGGGCCUGCCGCGAAACAGGUAAAUUUAAAUUUCGUUAUUUGACUCUCUAUCACUCUUGCAUAUUGGAACCAUAGAGGCAGUUAACGAAAUUUCGUUUUUUUUUCAGAAUCAGAAAGGCAUCGUCUAAAAGGACAUGGGGAGCUAAGCUUCUGCAGCAAGUGAAAUAUCCGUCGCAAUUUUGAAAUCUAAAUGGCUAUGAAAUUAUCUGUGUCGGACUGUUUUGCUUUUGAGGCUAUGCUUUUAUUUGUGGUCUAAUCAAUUAGGCCGUAUUCUGCGAUGUUUGAAGUGCUAUAAUAUAUAUAUAUAUUAUUUAUUUUAAAUCAAUACGUCGCAUUUAAUUGACAAUGUCAAAUUCAAUAUUAUGACCACUAUUUUUUUUGUGGCGAACGGAAUUGGCAGUUCAACUAUUGUGCCGUAGAAUUGACAUGGCGAUUUCGCUACUCGCCAAGUUACUCAUUACGGGCGUGUCCCUGGGAGUGAUAGCCGGCAUGUCAAUCACAAUAUACUUCGUGGUCACUGAUGAGGGCCCCAUCUACGACAUAACGACAACAGAAGGGACGGACGAGAGCCCAACGACGCCGGAGAUCCCCACCGAGCUAUUGUAUGAAGUAGGCGUUGGAAUUGCUGAUAUGACAGGACCGUGUGUGGAGAUCACGUUUAUGGGUUACGCUGAGUUAUCUCAAUCUGGUGCUGGCAUCCAUACCCGACAGUUCGCUCGAGCCUUCAUCUUCGAGAAAGAUGGCAAUAGAAUCGUUCUUGUUACCGCUGACGUUCAAUCCAUCGGUAUUGCUGUCAGACGGGAGGUUGUCAGGAAUCUCCAGGCCUUGUACGGCGAUUUGUACACGCUGCAGAACGUUAUACUGACAGGAACUCACACUCAUUCGACGCCGGGCGGGUAUCUGGUCGACUUCAUUCUAGACGUCAGCAUCCUUGGCUUCUCUAGAGAAACCUUCGAUGCUUAUGUUACGGGGAUCACUAAUAGUAUUGUCCAUGCUCAUGAAAACAUGGUGCCAGCCCGUCUGUUUUACAGCACAUCGACAGUCCGCAAUGCCCACAUGAAUCGAUCACCAUACUCAUACGAAUAUAAUCCAACUGAAGAAAGAGAAAGGUACGAAAGUGACACCGACGACGUUCUCACACAGGUUCGAAUUGUUAAGGAGGACGGCUCCCUGCAUGGCAUAAUGAACUGGUUCGCAGUCCACACUACCAGCAUGAACAUGACAAACUUGCUGGUAUCUUCAGAUAAUCUGGGCUACGCUUCCAUAAAGUUGGAGGCCAUGUUGAACCCUGAGAAGUUUGUUGGCCAGGCAGACAUCGUAGCUGGUUUCUUUGCUUCAAAUCUCGGCGAUGUAUCGCCCAACCUUCGCGGUGCCCGAUGUGAGUUCAGUGGAGAAGUGUGCGACAAUCAAUUUCUACUAUGCGCAGCGGGGGAGCGUUGUUACUCUUUGGGCCCGGGAGACGACAUGUUUGAGAGCACCAGGAUUAUUGGAACAGCUGUGUAUGAGGGGGCAGUGGAAGCGCUCAACAUUGCCGGACAAGAGCUGAGAGGAGACAUCAAUGUUGUGCAUCAAUUCCUAAACAUGGCUGAACAAAUUGUAUCAAAAUAUGAUCCAGUGGAACAGACUUUCAAUGAGAAUGAACAAGUUACAGGAUGCACGGCUGCGUUGGGAUACAGUUUCGCUUCUGGAACUAUUGACGGUGCCAACACAUUAAACAUUACUCAGGGUACUAUAUCAGGCAACCUUCUCCUAGAUGCCAUCGGUGGCGUGGUAACAUCACCACCUACAGAACAGGACAUCGAGUGCCAUGCGCCUAAACCUAUUCUACUGAUGACUGGGCGAGCCAACUUUCCGCUCCCCUGGCACCCCAGCAUAGUUUCAGCGACCGUUGUGUACCUGGGUGGGUUGGCCAUUGCUGGCGUGCCUGGCGAGCCUACCACCAUGUCUGGGCGCCGCAUACGCGACGUAGUCGGUAACGCCAUGGAACGUCUCGGCCUGCCACGCCGAGUCGUCGUUUCGGGGCUCACCAACGAGUAUAUCCACUAUGUGGCCACGCCUGAGGAAUACCAGGUGCAAAGAUACGAGGCAGCUUCUACGAUCUACGGCCCUAACGCGCUGGACAUCUUCCUGAACAAGUUCGACGAAUUCACCAGUGUCGCAAUUCAGGGCGGAACUGUAGAACCAGGGCCAGAGCCCGCCGACAACAUCGGACGGACGAUCUCACUGAUCCUGCCUGUGAUAGUGGACAACUCGCCCAUCGGCACCAGCUUCGGAGACGUCGUGGAACAGCCUCUAGCGACUGUUGCAAGGGGAGAAACAAUUAGUGCUACCUUUGUGGCUGCGAACCCUCGCAACAACCUUCGGCAGGGGUCGUCACAUGCGGUCAUUCAGCGACAGGAAUUGGGCGAGUGGGUGACUGUCGCCACCGACGCCAACUGGGAAACCAAGUUCUACUGGGAGCGCGUAUCAACGCUGCUCGGCACGAGCCGAGCAACUUUCGAAUGGACGGUACCGGACGACGCGCUGGCCGCUUCGUACCGUGUCGUCUACUACGGAGCCCGACGAAGCCUACUCGGCACAAUCACUGAAUUCGAGGGAUACAGCAACAGCUUUAAUGUUAUAAACUGAUUAUUUUAUA